AUGACCAUAUUGGCAGAUCCAUCAGGUCUGAUUGUUGGAGAUGCGGAAACAGUCGGAAUACGAUACUUUCCUGGAGAGGAAGACAAAUGUCCUCCAUUUCGCGUCUUGUAUCCUGCAUCCUUCAACGUUCGUCAUUCCUCCUCUUUAGGUGAAGAAAACGAACAAGAAGGAUCCACAACAACAACAAGGGCAUCAAACCAAACAAGUCGAAGGCGGGUCAGCUGGUUUCACGAACAUGGAGUCGCGUUCUUUUGGAAUGGGUAUCUUCAUGUUGCCGGAAUUAAGAAAGGAUCUUGGUUAUUCGCAUUUCUAUCCACCGCAAUUGGUGCGAUUGCCUCCAUUGCAACCUUUUCGUGUUCCGUGCUCGGAUGGAAUGGUUUGCAUUUCCCAAGAGGGCUUCUAUCAGUGGAUGCACCACCAGCAAUUGUCAUCGAGACAAAGAAGAAAGACAAGAAACCUUUGAUUGUGUUCUCACAUGGUCUGACGGGGACGGGUGAAGAAAAUUUACUUCUCAUGUCAGCCUGGGCCAAAAUGGGAUUCGUUGUGGUUUCUGUUCAUCACACAGAUGGGAGCUCCUGCCGGGUGCGAAUCCAAAAUGCAGCAUCAGUAGCAGCAGCUGCAGCAGCAGAUGGUUUUUACAAACAUGGCCCGCCAUUUGCCAACUACGACGCUACCUUUCGUCCCAAACAAAUAUUGCAUCGAACCAGGGACAUUCAGCAGGCUUUGGAGUUUGUGGCGACCAGUCCAGAUUUGGCAAAGAUUCGCUCCAUCUGCAAUAUUCAAGAAAUCAUCUCGGCUGGGUUUUCCUACGGCGCUGCAACAGCUGUCUUGGUAGCACAUACCAUUCCACAACGAAUCAAAGGUUUGAUUCUAUUGGAUGGAUGGUUCUACAUUGAUGUUUCCCAAGCAGCAGGUAUUGAAUUCGAGUUUCCACCGCAGGCAUUUCUACCAGAAGACGGCAGCGAUUUAUCGACGAUAGUUCCUAGUGUCUUUAUCAAUUCAGAAGCUUUUGAGAGCUACACUAAAAUUUACCAAGCCACUCGUCGGUUGGCAAGACAGUUCAGUGGGAGUGGAUCGGUUCCACGACAAAACGAAACACCGUUAUCAUUCGACAACAUGCAUGUCCUCAAGGGUACCCAACACAACAACUUUUGCGACGUGAUUUUUUGGUUCCCCACUAGAUUGCUCCGAUAUUUGGGCGUCAUUGGACAAGGGUGUGAUCCCAGAGACCGAUAUCGCGAGAUCAUUCGAAUAUCAUCAGACUUUUUGAAGACCAACUUCCAUGAAACAUCAUGA